AUGGGGAACAACAGGUUCAAGUUGUCAGAUAUGAUGCCAAAUGCUUGGUUUUACAAGCUAAAAGAUAUGAGCAGAUCAAGGAAGAGAAAUGGUUCUCAUGUUAUGAAGAGUAAAGUAUCUUCACCAACAACAUCUCAAAGGUCGCUACCAAGAUAUUCACAUUAUUUCUCCACUGAGCCCAUCAGAACUGGUAAGCUAUUCAACACUCCUAUUCACACCAAAGACUUGGAAAUGCCAUUCAAUGAUUCACCCAGAAGGUCAUCCAAGAGAAGGGCUAGCAGAAAAACCAUUUACAAGCCUUCUCCAACUGUUGUCUCUUCAUCUUUCAUACCAACUUCCAACUAUGACUCCACCAAUCACCGGAUCAAGCCAUACCAAGUUCAGUCACCAGAUUAUGAUGUGUCUUCAGUUGAAAGCUCCUCCGAAUCUGAUCUCCAUGAAUAUGCUUAUUCUGAGUCCGAAUGUGACAGUUUUUCUGUCCCUGAUUUGCUCAAUGGAAUGGCCUCUAACUGCAGCUGCAGAGUUAGUUCCUCCACUAAUGACAUCAUCAUUGAUAUGAACAAUGAGUCUUUCCUUGGGAACUCUGAAAAGCACGACGGGUUUGAUGCAAUUUCACAGCUAGGUCUUGCUCCAAUAUUGACAAAGCCAGUGAAGUUUGAUGACAAGGUCAUUGAAGCUACUGAGUUGAGAAGUUCAACUGAAUGGGACGAGUUGCGGGAUGAUCAGUCUUUCUCAAUUGAAAUUAAAAAAGAGGAAGGCAAUAGAAAUCAAAGGAGGAGAACAAGCAAUCAUAGAAAGGCCUUUGCUAAUUCUGCUGGCAUAAGGCUUAGAAUCAAUUCUCCAAAACUUGCUAGCAGAAAAAUCCAAGCCUGUGCAAGAAGGAGUGUGUCAUCCACUGGAAACAAAGCUUCAAGGAGUACAGGUUUCCCAGAUGGCUUUGCUGUUGUGAAGUCCUCAUUUGAUCCACAGAGUGACUUCAGGGAGUCAAUGGUGGAGAUGAUUGUGGAGAACAACAUCCGAGCAUCGAAAGAUUUGGAGGACCUACUUGCCCGCUACCUUUCCCUCAAUUCAAGUGAAUACCAUGAUCUCAUUGUUAAAGCAUUUGAGCAAAUUUGGUUUGACUUGGCUCAACUUAGAAUGUAA